AACUAACCGAAAGAGUAUUGUGAUCUUUAUUCCCAUUAUAUUUAUGUUUUGUGCUUUUAAAUAUAAAACUAGAAAUUAAUUUUGUAGAGUAAAAUUCAAGUGCUAGAAGGAAAUUAUGGAAAUAGGUUUUGUGUUAUUAAUUUUAUAUAUUCAUCAAUGUUCUGGUGUCAUAUACACACUUGACGAUGCGGACUACAAACUCAUGCCUCCACUGAACCAUAUUGACGAUUAUGAUAGUUGUUUACAAGAUUCUGAUGCAUUAUAUUGUACCAUGCAAUUGAAAUUAGUUUCGGAUACUCCUAAUGAUGUCAUGGAUUUGAUAGCGAACUAUUCGGCGUGGGAUUUGAAACAUUUCGAUCACAGUAAAUUGUAUAAAGGUGUUUGUGUGACGAGAACAUGUAACAUGAACAAGCAAGACAUAGCGAUGAAUUUAAACAACUCCCUUGAGACGUGUAUCAAUAAAUCUCUAUGGAAGAAAUACAAACUAAAAGCCAAACUCUUAACAUCACCUUAUUGUUAUUCUACUGAAAGAGAUAUAAAAUUGGAUUUUUGGGAUAUAAUUGUUGGUUCAAUAUGUAUUUUGAUUAUAAUUGUUAAUCUUGUUGCUACACUGUAUGACGUUUUUGUGUACAAAAAGCCUAACACCAAAGGUAUGGAUAUCUUAAUGUCCUUUUCAAUAAUUCGUUCCUGGUCCAGACUGCAACAGAACGACUAUAGAAUAAAGCCUCCAGUUGAAAGACUGAAAGGAAUGGACGGUAUCAGAGCUAUUAUCAUGAUUCACUUCGUGUUUGGACAUUCAAUUUUGCCAUUUGUGAUGAUCAUCGCCAAUGCUCAUGACUUCGAAAAGAUGUACUCAAAUCUUUCAUGUCACAUACUGUUGAACGGUUCCCUGGCAGUACAAGCUUACUUUGUCAUGGGAGGCAUUCUUUUAAGUUAUAACAUGAAGAGAUCGGCUGAGAGGAAUACAAUGACUUUGAAAACUUUUAGGAAUAAUCUAUUUAAAAGAUGGUUAAGAUUAAUACCUUCAUUCGUCAUCUGCCUGGGAAUGGAAUCAACGUUGAUGCGACAUUUCGGUUCUGGUCCCUUAUGGCAGCUGCUUGGUACACGUGUAAUAGAAGACUGUAGACGAUACUGGAUGUGGAAUUUCUUCUUUUUAACAAACUACAAUAGCGGGUCUCACUGCAUGCCUCAUACAUGGUAUUUAGCAGCGGAUAUGCAUUUGUUCUUCUUCGGGCUCGUAGUUUUCAUUUUGGUGAGAAAUAAAUUCUGGAGAAGAGCCAUAUUGGCAUCGGCAUUCUUGAUCGGAAUUAUAUCUUCAGGAAUAGUCACUUAUCUCUAUGACUUUAGAACCUUGAUGACAGUCAAACCAAAUUCGGUGCUGGAGUUAUUUGCAAAGGAUCCUAAUUUCGACUACCUGUAUAAACCUACUCACACCAACGUUCCGGCUUAUGUUAUCGGACUGGUCACUGGCGUACUUAUUUAUCGUUUUCAAAAAAGUCAAUUUGAUAUACAAAAGUACAAGAAGUUCAAGAUUUUGUACUGGUUGAUCUUACCCGCUGUAUACGGACUAUUAGUCCUGAAUAUAAUUCACUACCAGGAUGGGCCGCCUUUACCAUCUUAUAUACGGGUUUUGCAUCAAAUGCUGCUAAGGCCUUUGCUUGCAGCAAUCUGUGCUGUAGGCAUUGUUGGCUUGGUGUUCAAAAUGGAGAAUUUCGUUCGCGCUCUAGCGGAGUGGGACGGUUGGAUUUGGGUGGCUCGCGUCUCGUACACAACUUAUGUAACGCAGUUCACCGUAAUGCGACUCGUAAUCGGCAACACAAAAACACUCAAUUACUUUUCAAGAUAUAUUUUAGUGCAGGCUGGAGGGAUAAUGGUUGUUACAUUCGUCGUUGGGGUCAUUUUGUGGUUAUUGAUCGAUGGUCCCGUGAGCGACAUAGUCAAGAUUUGUAUGGAAUCUCACACAACAAACAAGCAAUCCGUCAAACAAAAAUAGAACUUACAUUUCUGAUACUAAUGAUUAAA